GAGUUUUUUGUUGUUCAUAAAAAAAUGCAUGGCUCGCUCGCGUCACCCGUCGCCCGGCUAUCGCCAUACCACGGCUGCGCUCGGUAAUAGCAACACGUCAAUAUAUUAUGUGCAGUGACUUAUCACGUUUGCCGUAAAAUACCUAGUUAUAUAAUUUUUUUAAUCACCGGUUGACAACUUAACAUAAUAUAAAAAUAAGUUUCAAGGAUUAUCGUCACCCCGAUAGGGGUUCCAGGAUAAGAUUUUGGAACGUUAAAAGAUAUAAUUCCACCAAGUUCCGGUGAUUAGUUACCCGGACACCGAGUAUCGGGAAUCACCUGCGACACGUCGAGUCAUAACCUCCAGCUGAGGGGCCUGCACCGGCGUCUUCAACGUCAGGGGAGUACCGAGCUACAAGGACAAACUAGAUCAACCAACAAUACACCCUACGACCCUUGCUCAAAUUGUAUUUUAAUUAUUUUUAAAUAUACAUCAUUUAAAGGCCGGUACGGGUAGUUUCAUUUAAGCCCCCCGUAACCGUAGCAUUGGCGCCCAUAUCGUGGUUUGGUUGGUCUAGUUUUUCUGAGUAGAAGUAGUAGUGUGUAUGUGUUUUUUUUAAUUUUUGUAAAACGUUUUUUUUUUUUGGUUGCCAGUAACUAAAGUGUACUCCAAAUUCUUUAUUUAUUUGUGUCAAAUUAUUCUAAAACAUCAAUGUGUUAGAAUUUAUUAUUUUAGGUAUCAUUUAAUUACCUACUUGUAAUAAUAAAUGUUACAGCAAUAAUUACACUUUAAGUGACUCAUUUCUUUGUUCAAACUUUGUAUAGAAACCGGUCGCUUCGUUAUCGCAUAAGUACAAAAAAUGUUUGUGCUAAGCCGUGUAUAGUCGAGCACAAAAGUGCUCGGUUUUAAUAUUUAUUUUUUGUGUUCUGAUUUUUUUUUUUUGUUUUAAUCGGGUAGUACACAUUAGUUACAAAUUACUUUUAACGCUUUUUCUGCUUGUUUUAGUAAAGUAUAUUUUUUUUUCUCAGCUUAAUUUUUUUUUCUUUAUUUGCCAACCAUAACGUUGCUUAGUUAAUUUUAUUUUGUAACGGAACGGAGUAGGGCAUUCGUAACCUUGUCCAACAUUUAUUUUAUUGCGGUGUUUAAUAUUUUUUUUUAGUUGAUUUUUUUUGUAUAUAUUUUUUUUAAUAUUGAUUUUUUUUUUAUUAUUGAAUUUUUUUUAUCUUAAAAUAUAAUGGCGUAUCCAGUUAAAUUCCUGUCACUGCAAAAAUCAGAAUUAGAAUACGAGGUUCUCAUUAGAGGUACUUCUCCUGCUUCCACAGUACAAGAGCUCCGAAAGCAGAUUUGUAAGCUGGGACCAUUAUUUCCUUCUGAAGACAUUUUAGAAAGCUCAUUACCUAUUUCUGACGACCUUAAAGGAGCUACUGACGUACUGGCUAAAAUCAAAUCACUUUUAGAAUCACCAUUAGAUAGGAACUUGUUAUUGCGAAUCGAGAAUCUUUUAAAUCACCUUUAUCAUCGGCUUAACCGUAUUACUUAUGACAGUAAGACGCAGCAAUUAUACGACACUUGCGUAAAUGAAUUUAAAACAUUGUUCAAUUUUUAUAAUUCGGUGAAAGACAAUGGAGAGGACAAAUUGAUAGCGUCAUCAUCUAAAGCCGACUCUCAACAGUGUGCUUCACCGCUCAAUGUAAGCGUCUCGUGUAGUCGAGAUCUCACAAAUGACGUAUUAAAGAUAAAAUUUGACGGCAAAUCAUGUGUUCGGUCUUUUAUUGAACGCAUCACAGAGCUAAGCAAAGCUAGAGAUAUUCCCAGUGCCAAACUUUUAUCUUUAGCAACGGAAAUAUUUACUGGCGAUGCUCUUCAUUGGUUCCGUAGUAUUCGACAUAACAUAGCAAGUUGGGAAGAACUUAUUUUGCACCUUAAAGCAGACUUCGAUAGGGUAGAUUAUGAUUAUCGGCUGCUUGCUGAAAUACGAGCUAGGACACAGGGUGAAACAGAAAACAUCAUAGUUUACCUUUCAAUUAUGUCUGGGCUUUUUUCAAGGUUAACAAAAAAUUUGUCUGAUGAGGACAAGCUAGAAAUUAUUCUACAUAAUAUCAGACCUUGUUACGCAGCCACCCUCUCUUCGCAUCCUCAUAUUAAGGACUUGGACACACUAAAAUCUCUGUGUCGCAAUUAUGAGAAUGUCCAAGCUCGUCUUUUAAAUUUUCGUGAGCCGCCUACACAGACGUCAGAUACCAUCGCGCCUGACUUUGCUUACGUUAGACCAUCCCAAAAUUUUAAAACUAAUUUUCAACAAUAUAAAUUUAAUAAUAAUCAAAAUACAAAUAACAACAGUUCUUUUAAAAAUCAAACUAAUCAUAUUAUAAAAACUAAUGAAAGUAAAAUUAAUAAAAGUUAUAUUGCUAAUAAUAAUAAUGUACAUGCUAUACAAACUUCUUCCAGUAAAACCUUUUACUGUCCUAGGUGUCGUAAUAAUACGCACAAUUUACGGCAAUGCAAGGCAGAUAAAAAUAAAAUCCUUUGUUUUAUUUGUGGACAUGAUGGUUUUAAGACUCCUGAUUGCCCUAAUUGCAACAAAGAAAAGCUUAAUAGUUCAAAAAACUAA